GUGAUCUGGUCUCUGCUCUUGCGCGCGCGAAUCCGGCGGGAGCAGGACACGCUCUCACCCCUCUGCCUCCCCUCCCUGCAGUCAUCCACCACGCAGGCCGCCGGGCCCGACGCACCGCCCGCGGCACGACGCGUGCACGUUACGUGGUCGCCGCCGUUUCCCCUACCACGACGCCACAUCCAUGUGGGAAGGGCGAACCGCGUGCGCGGGUCCAUCUUCAACGCCUAUAAAGACUGCGCCGGCCACCGCGCUCGGACUGGAUCUCGUCGUCUCGCCUGAUUGCCAGUAAUCGCUUCGGCGGCCGGCCUCGCUCUCCCCGGAAGCACCGACUCCCGGAUCGAUCGAAAGCAAGGGCCGGCCAGCCGGGCGCCGCGGGAGGUAGGAAGGUCAGAAGAUGGUGCAGGGGAUGCUCGAGGUGUUGCUCGUCGGAGCCAAGGGCCUGGAGAACACCGACUACCUGUGCAACAUGGACCCGUACGCGAUUCUGAAAUGCCGCUCGCAAGAGCAGAAGAGCAGCGUUGCAUCUGGUAAAGGGUCUGACCCUGAAUGGAACGAAACCUUUAUGUUCAGCGUCACUCACAAUGCAACAGAGCUCAUCAUCAAGCUGAUGGACAGUGAUAGUGGCACGGAUGAUGAUUUUGUUGGGGAAGCAACGAUUCCUUUGGAAGCAAUCUAUACAGAAGGAAGCAUACCACCAACUGUUUAUAAUGUUGUGAAAGACGAAGAAUACCGUGGAGAAAUCAAAGUGGGUCUGACGUUCACUCCAGAGGAUGAUCGAGAUCGGGGUUUAUCUGAAGAAGACAUUGGUGGAUGGAAGCAAUCAUCUUGAGAAAGAAGCAGAUACUUUGAUGUCGUACUGCAUCGCUACGAAGUCGUGUGGUGGAAGCCUGGAGCAAAGCAUAUGUAAAAGGGCAGUAUUUUCAGAAGUACUUCUCAUGAUUCAUGAAGCUCUUAAAGUUGUAAUAAUGGUGUUCGCCAAUAUGCCCUAUACGUAAGGAACUUGCUUUGAUGUCCAGUAAACUGUAAUAACAAUGAGAAAUUUCUGAUGCCACAUAAGAGCUCUACUCCUUUCUGCGAUC